GUUGUUCGACCUUGGCGGUGUGCUCUUCGGGCCCGGCCUGCAGCACUUCCUGGGCUCCUACGAGCGGGACUGCGCUCUGCCCAGGAAUUUCUUGCGAAAGGUCAUGUUUGCCGGUGAUUCUGACAGUCCUUACGCCAAAAUGAUGAGGGGACAGAUCACCCUGUCCCAGUUCUUUUUGGAGACGGAAGAGGGCUGCAGGCAACACGCCUCUUCCUCGGGCAUCGCCCUGCCGCCCACCUUCUCCGUCGCCCGAGCCUUCGAGGAGAUGGCGGCCGAGGGGACGGUCAAUGCCCCCCUUCUGCGGGCAGCAAGGGUGCUGCAGAGGAACGGAUUUAAGACCUGCGUCCUCACCAACAACUGGGUGGACGACAGCACCGGGCGGCUCUUCACGGCCACGCUGAUGAACCUCCUGCGCCGCCACUUCGACCUGGUGAUCGAGUCCUGCCGGCUCGGAGCACGGAAGCCCGAUCCCGAGAUCUACGCCUAUGCCUUGGAUGCGCUGCGGGCGAAGCCGCAGGAGGUCAUCCUCCUGGAUGACAUCGGGGAGAACUUGAAGCCCCGGGAGAUGGGCAUGGCCACCAUCCUCGUCAGGGACACCGAAACCGUCCUGAAGGAGCUGGAGGAGCUCUCGGGUGUCCAGCUUCUCACUCAAGAAGAGCCGCUGCCGACUGCGUGUGAUCCAUCCAACGUGACCCACGGAUACGUGCCCAUCCGGCCCGGCGUCAAGCUGCACUUCGUGGAAAUGGGGCACGGCCCCGUCGUCUGCCUCUGCCACGGCUUCCCCGAGUCCUGGCUCUCCUGGCGCUACCAGAUCCCAGCUUUGGCUGAUGCCGGCUUCAGGGUGAUCGCUCUGGAGAUGAAGGGCUACGGGGAAUCCACGGCCCCACCGGACAUAAAAGAAUAUUCCCAGGAGCAGAUAUGCAAGGACCUGGCGGUUUUCCUGGACAAACUGGGCAUCCCGCAGACCGUGCUGGUCGGCCACGACUGGGGCGGUGCCGUGGUCUGGAACAUGGCUCUCUUCUACCCCGAGAGGGUGAGAGCCGUGGCCUCGCUGAACACCCCGUACCGACCCGCCGACCCCACCGUGGACAUCGUGGAGAAGAUGAAAACCUACCCCACCUUUGAUUACCAGUUCUACUUCCAGGAGCCGGGCGUUGCGGAGGCAGAGCUCGAGAAGGACAUCAGCCGGACCCUGAAGGUCCUGAUCCGUUCCACGUGCCAGGAGGACCGCCUGCCCUUCACGCUCAACUUCCACGGGGUCCAGGAGCGAGGGGGGCUGCUGGUGGGCUUCCCAGAAAAUCCCCCCGCCAGCCAGAUCUUGCACGGCCCUGAGCUGCAAUACUACAUCCAGCGCUUCGAGAAAUCCGGCUUCAGUGGCCCCCUGAACUGGUACCGCAACAUGCGACCCAACUGGCACUGGGCACUCUCUGCCAAGGACAGGAAGAUCACGAUGCCAGCACUGAUGGUCACGGCCGGGAAGGACGUGGUGCUGCAUCCCAGCAUGAGCAGGGGCAUGGAGGAGUGGAUCCCGCAGCUGCGCCGGGAGCACAUCGAGGAGUGCGGGCACUGGACGCAGAUGGAGAGGCCGGCGGUGCUGAACAGGAUCCUGGUGGAAUGGCUGGAGGGGCUUCCCCCGACACCCCCCUCCCCAAGAUCUCCAGGCUGUGAGCAGGGCUGGCAGGCAGAGCCCUGCCCCGUGCCUUCCCUCUUCCCCGGGCUGAUUUUACCUUUAGGGUUUGAUUUUUACCUUUAGGGCUUGAUUUGUAUUUUUUGGGGGGGUUGAUGGGUGAGC